AUGAGCAGCACUGAAUUUCCAAUCAAAGAAGCCAGCGUUCAUGAAAUCCAGAUCGCUUUCAAGCAAAACAAACUCACUUCUCGACAACUCGUCGAGUUCUACCUUACCCAAAUUGAAUCACUCAACCCAGUUCUCAGAUCAGUCAUUGAAGUAAACCCAGAAGCUCUUUUCCUCGCAGACGAGGCUGAUCGAGAGCGAAACACCAAGUCACCCAUUUCACAGUCGUCUUUGUUGCACGGUAUUCCCAUUCUGUUGAAGGACAACAUUGCAACCAAAGACAAGCUCAAUACCACAGCUGGGUCGGAUGCGCUGCUGGGUUCGGUGGUGGCUCGGGACGCAGGAGUGGUGGGUAAGCUGAGGAAAGCAGGUGCGAUCGUAUUGGGGAAGGCGAGCGUGACUGAGUGGGCUGCUUUCAGGUCGAAGCAGCAGCCUAAUGGGUGGUGCGCUAGAGCUGGCCAGGCUGUGGUAAGUAAUUUUGCCAAUUUGUGUUCUCUCUCUAAGUCCCAAUUAGUCUCCAGCUACAUGUAA